CCCUCCUCUUUCCCUUGUGUGCCAUUCUCUGUUUUCCUCCUUCUGCAUGGCUGUCGUGGUUGCCUGCUACGUCACCGGGGGAAAACUAACUUCGCGAUCACAAUGCACAGCUAGUAACCAGAAACCAUCGUCUCCGUGCAGCGUUCGUUCAGAUUAAGGUCUAUCUGUAAGCGCUCAUGGCUACCGUCCUGGGCUUCCUGUUAUAGGACACUGUAAGGUACCGCUCAAAACGCUUGGAGACGGAGGUUUUUUCGCAAGGUUCAGACCGUAACUUUCCCGAAGGUCCAAAUGGCAGGACACGAGUGGGAUGAUUGGUUUGAACGGGAGGAAUUUAUCGGCCAAAUCAGCGACAUCAGAGUGCAGAAUCUACAAGUUGAAAGAGAAGUAGUUCAGAAGAGGACGUUCACAAGAUGGAUGAAUUUGCAUUUGGAGAAGUGCAACCCUCCCAUGGAGGUUCGCGACCUCUUCAGAGACAUCCAAGAUGGCAGGAUACUGAUGGCCCUGCUGGAAGAACUCUCAGGGUGUAAACUGCUGCAUGGAUUCAAGCCAUCAUCGCACCGCAUUUUCAGGCUGAACAACAUAGCUAAGGUCUUGACCUUCUUGGAGGAGAGAAAUGUGAAACUGGUCAGCAUUGAUGCUGCUGACGUCGCUGAUGGAAACUCCUCCAUAGUUCUCGGGCUGAUUUGGAACAUCAUAUUGUUUUUCCAGAUAAAAGAGUUGACAGGGAACAUCAAAACCCAGUUCCCUUCCAGCUCCAGCCUCUCGUCCCUUCCCAAUAGCAGCGACUCUGACACGUCCCAUUCCAGCACACCUUCAGAUGAGAGACGCCCAUCUAUUGCCCUGAGGGAUCAUGGGAAAGCCAUCAAGACUCUCCUGCAGUGGGUGCAGAGACGCACAAGAAAGUAUGGUGUGGCUGUCCAAGACUUUGGGAAGAGCUGGACUAGUGGUUUGGCAUUCCUGGCUGUCAUUAAAUCAAUAGAUUCCAGCCUGGUGGACAUGAGGAGAGCACUGCUGAGGUCAGCCAGGGAGAAUAUUGAAGAUGCCUUCAGAACAGCACACUAUAGCCUGGGCAUUCCCCGGCUACUGGAGCCUGAAGAUGUCACCAUUAAUCCAGAUGAACAGUCAAUUAUGACUUAUGUGUCCCAGUUCCUUGAGCACUUUCCAGGGUUUGAUGAGGAAGAAGUGCCCAAUGUUAUCGAGAGGAGCAUGUUGUCAUCGAAAGUCAGCAGCCGUCUGAAUGAUAGACCUGUCAACGGGGUGCACAGAAAGAGGGAGAAGCCCUACGUGGUGAGAAAGGACUGGGUCCAACCCCCACCCAAGAUCUUCAUCUCGUCGGUGUCGGACGACUCGGAGCAGCCAUCGCCCUCCCCGCUACAGUCGCCCGGAGACGGGCCCGGUGAGGAAGAUUCGUCCGAGUCUAUUUCCAGCUCGGCAUCCGGGCCCCCGAAACGACCCCUGGACCUGGGGAAAGAGGUGUCCUUCACCGUGUCCAGCUCCAGUUCCCCGCAGCCUUCUUUCGUGGACUCAGUCAUCGACUCGCCGGACUCCUGGAGCGAGAUGCCGAGCGAGGCCGUCCCGCCGGAGAAGCUGCCCGAAAGCCGGAGCGACGGCUCGCUCAAUGAGAGCGACCUUCCGUUGGAUCGGACAGACUGGCAACCGGAGAAGCCUUCCGCUGGGGAUGGGGGGUCGCCAGCAGAAACGGGGAAAGCCACAGAGGAUCAGGUGUUCUCUGAGCUGUUCAUAGACGAGGGUAACUUCUCCCAGAGCUCUGCGGAGAGCUUCCAGGCACAAUCCAAGCUUCCCUCCGAGGAGGAGGAUGCGUUCCGGUACAUCCUUGAUCUGAGCGAGGAAGGAGCUGCCGAGCAUUCACUGUCAGGGAACUGUGACCAACUGGAGGAGAAACCAAACAAAGCAGACUCAUGUUCAGAAGAGAUGGAACAAAGUUCCAUGGCACAGAGCAUAGAUGACAAGCAGUCCUGUCCAGAGCUGGUUGAGGAACCCGAGCGAACUGACAUUCUCCACAAGGUAGAGAGCAGCCCCCAAUGCCUUCUGGAAGAAAAGAACCUUUCCCUUUCACAAAACAAUGAUGUCAAGCAGUUGUCUUCAGAGCCGUCUGCGGAAACAGAGCAAAAUUAUACUCCUGAUAAGAGACUCGAACAUUCGCUGGAACACAAGGAUACGUCCCCAUCACAGAAUCAGGACAAUGCUAAGAAGUCAUUUUCAGAACUGUUAGAGGAACCACACAAGAUCAUAGUGCUCACAGAUACACACUGUGAGCCAGAGUUUGGUGAGGAGCAGCCAGAAAGUGCUGGUAUGGAGUCUGACGAAAUCAGUCAGCCCUCUCCAAAGAUCUGCAUGGAACUGGAUCAGACCAUCCCAUCUACUGAAGUGCAGAAUGAACCCGAGUCCAGUCUGGGACAGGGGGAAAGCCGUAUGCAACAGAAUGACUUUGAGGAUGAGCGGCAUGCAGACUCUGAGCAGCCUCAGGAUUGCACAGACAGCGCUGUGUCAGACGUCACUGAAGCAGAAAUUCAGAGCCCAGUGAAAGAGGAGGCUUCAGAUGCACAGGACGAUACUCAGACUAAUAAGGUGGCUGCAGAUAAUGACACAUGCGCUCCAAGCAAUGGCACACUGGAAAAUGUUCAGCCCUGUAAAAUGAGCAUUGAUGCUCCUGAAGCAAGCCCACCUGAAGAAGUGAAUGGCAAGGCUCUGGACUCUGCGACAGCAAGUGACAUCUGUGAAAUGAAUGAUGGCACCCACAACAUUGACAAUCCCUCUGAGACAAACACUGUUAGUUUAGACGAGCCAGGUGAAAAAAAUGGUGGUACAAGCGAAAAAGACCUUUCUGGGGAAUCGAAUAACCACACCCCCAGUUGUGAACAGCCCAGGGAUAAAGACUUCAGUGUACUUGAGGAGUCAAAACAGAGUGGUGUUCUGUCUGUACUACCGCGGGACACCGUACACAAACCACCCUGCACUGUCUUACCUACGGUCAUGGAGGAAUGCACAGCACCCUCUCCCGAAACAGUGGACGAUGAGGGAAAUGUGCACUGUCCUCCCUCGCCCACGGUCCCCCAGACCUGUCCCACGGAAGCUGACCCAGAGGGGAGCGCAGAGCAGAGCGGGGAGCAUCACACGCACUUGCCAGAGACGGAACAUUCUAUCGGUGGAGAUGGCAUUAAUGAUGCCGCAGAAGAAGCUGAUCAAAAGAGCAGCUCAGCAGAGCCUGAGAGCGUGCCAGUAGGCCCGCGCAACUUCGACAGUGUGUCAGAACUCAAGCCAGUACCAUUUGAAGAGAGAGCACUGGAUUCCAAAGCAGACAGCAAGGAGCGCCUGGCAGAAAACAGUGAAGACUCCAGGCAGUAUAAGGAGGAACAGGGUGGGAAGGAGGGGCAGCCGAGGUCCCAGAUGGCGCCCUCCAAUGAGUGUCAGAGAGAAGACGACAGGGACUCCGGGGCCACAGAGCUGGACACGCCAGGCGAACACUGUGAGCUCAUUAAGGCUGAUGAGGACCCUGCUGCUGCCAGUGAAAAUACAGGGACUCUGAGGAGGCAGGCAGAUGAUGAUGACUCAGCAAAUGAAAGUCACUCUUCCCCAGCAUUGCACCUAAGGAGAGUGAUGGAAUCAGAUGGAUUAAAGAAUGAAAGCGGGAAGAUCAGUGAAAGUGAGAGAAGUCACUACAUCAGCCCUGACUUACGGAGUGAGUGUAAGGCCCCAGCGACAUGCAGUGUGACAGCAGCAGAGAUCUACUGGCUUCUCCUACUCUGGAUCAUCCUGUACUGCCUCUUUGUGCUCCCUCAGCUAGACAUAAAGACACUGCCACACCUUCUCCUUAACCUGGAGGAAUGACAGCCCCUAUCAUACAUGCCCCUGUACAGAGCUGAGCUAAUUCCUCCCGGUUAACAAAGCCAAGGACUGUCUUGGUGAGCAUUGCUCCUGUUGUCAAGUACAGUUCACUAUGUGUCGGCAGCAAAUGAAGGCUUGUUUAUUUCCAAUCUAAUUUAUAGUUCUUUAAAAGAUCUCUAUUUCGGCUUCCUUUGUGGCUUGAAUUCAUAUGCUUCAAAUGUAAAAAAAAUACAAUGUUUGUACGUUACUCUGACUUAGAUUAUUAUAUCCCAGAGAUGUAUAGAGAGGAUCAAAUUCAGACUUUAAGAUACAGUAAGAUUGUACAGUGCACAACCAGGAUUUUUUUUUAUAUAUUUAAUUUAGAUUGAAGGUUAUAUUCACAUAUAAAUGAUUUUUAUUGUGCACCAAAAUACUAAUAUGUUUAAUGUAGUAAUGGAAAAGUGAGAUUUGUCCCAACUGAAGCCUUUUUGCAGUUUAUUUACUAGGAAUUAUUAUAAACAAAUGGAUUUGAUUUUUGUGGAAGAAUUUUUGAAACUGAACUCAUGCCAAAUGCACAAUAGGCAGAGCGCAAUGCACUUACACCUUUGUAACUCAAUAAAGUGCUCUCAUCUAAAAUUAUUGUCCUAGUGAAUGGAUUCCUCAGAUACUUUGAGUGUGUCAGUUGCACUUUUGAAAUACAGUACAUGAACUGCCAAAGAUACAGUAUUCAGGUAGCUGAUAGAUUGGGCCUUCUUUGCUGAAAAAUAAAAAUGAACACGGUCCAUAAAUUCUCAUUUAUUCUUUAACUUUUGAUGAAGUAGGUCAGAGGUGACAAAGCUUGUGUACUAAUAUAUUGUAUAUUUUGCAGACAACUAAAGCAAACUUUUUAAUGUUGAUGGAUCAUAU